AUGUUGACCGUUGCAGCUCUCUCCUCUCUGAUCCUUUCGUUGGCAACUGCCGCCGCCAUCAAGGAGCCACAGCAACUUCUUGUUGACCCAGAAGCCAUGGACCCGGCCGUCGGCCAGGCAGAUUUCAAGAAGUUCGCCAUCGAGGACAUGAGCGACGCCAAGUUUCGCCUUCAUCAUCAUGCUGCCAAAACACUGCUCAGCGACCAGUCGUACCUUGUCCUUCGCGAAGGAGAGAUCGAGCGAAGACAAUCCGAGAUCUGGAAUUACCUCUGGAGUCUUGGAUUGGACUGCGGAUAUUGGCCAGAUGGGGAGACAGAGGGUUCUCAAGAGGAACCUGUGAGGGUCUACAUGUCGAGCGGUCGCAUUUUCGACGCUGACCCUGAGCGUGUCCCUCAAGACGCUGUUGUUGCCCUCCAGAACCUGACAGAACAAGAACACAAGAAUCGCAGAGACAUGAGGCGUCGGCAGAUGUGUAACUUUGAUCAGUCCGAUAACGACAACGAUAAAAAGUCUUCAAGCGACGACGACGGGUCAGUUCGUGUGCCUGAACCAACCUGGAAGGUUACAGUUCCCGAUGAGUACAUGCAGUACCUCAUUCCUGACAGUGUUCUGGACGAGGAGAAUCAGAAGAUCGAAAACUGCUGGAGAGAGAAGGCAGAGAAGGAGAAGAAGGACAUUUUGGCAGGCAAAAAAUCUGUCAGAGACUUGAAAAUGCCUGAUCUUUCCAAGUGCAAGAAGUUCGAAAACCAUAUGCUGUAUCAGACGACCUGA